AUGGAUCUCCUAGUGUCGGGACAUUUGGUCCAAUCUGCAUCACUAAAAGCCACGAAUGAAGAAAAGCUACUAAAAGAAUGCCAACCUGCAGACUGCCUUGUUGCCGAUUCGUUCUUCCCUUGGACUAACGAUGCUGCCGCCAAAUUUGGAAUCCCAACUCCCAAGAAAGUUUCAUUGGAUUCUGAAUUCUUCGUGGUGCCUAACCUUCCUGGCGACAUCAAGUUGACAAGAAACAAAUUGCCUGGAUCCGCAAAACGAGCUGAUGAAAGUGAUUUGAAAAGGAUGUUCGUAAAUAUUGAAGAGGCAAAUUUGAGGAGUUUUGGGGUGGUUGUUAACAGUUUCUACGAACUAGAACCAGUUUAUGCUGAUCAUUACAGGAAAUUGUUAGGACGAAAGGCAUGGCAUGUAGGCCCAGUUUCGCUAUGCAAUAGAGACAUAGAUGAUAAAGCAAAGAGGGGAAGAGAAGCCUCUAUUAAUCAACAUGAGUGUUUGGAUUGGAUUAAUUCAAAGAAAUCCAAUUCCGUUGUUUAUAUAUGCUUUGGAAGUAUGACAAACUUCAAUUCUUCUCAAGCGAAGAAGAUUGCUGAAGCUUCCCGUCAACAAUUUACCUGGGUUGUCAGGAAAACAAGAAACAAUCAAGAAGAGGAAGAUUGGUUACCCGAAGGAUUUGAGAAGAGAAUGGAAGGUAAAGGACUAAUUACAAGUGGAUGGGCACCACAAAGUGAAGCCAUAGAGAAAGCAGCAACUCAACUUAUGGAAAGCGAAGAGGCAGUGGAAACGAGGAAGAAAGCAAAGGCAUUUGGGGAGAUUGCAAGGAAAGCCGUUGAAGAAGGUGGAUCCUCAGCCUCCGAUUUGAAUGCCUUGAUAGAGGAACUGAGGUGGCGUCAAGAAAGCCAAAAGAGAGAGUAA